ACACAAAGGGAUAUUACCGAGCAAAUCUCCAGGCAGUGGUGUUCUAGCGCCAUCAAGAUCAAAAAAUGGAAUCCAACUGCAGGUUGCUGGUUCUGGCAGAGUAGACCAAGAGAAAUUCAUAGAAUCUUAUGCCCAAGCUCUCCUGAGGGCUAAGCAGUAUGAAAGGAGGUUGGGUCAAGUGAAGAAGUCUCAUAGAAGAAAGCAUUCCUCAAAAUCAAAGAGAGGAAAGUUGAUGCAGGGAGUGCCUGAGGCUGAGGAUGGUGACUUUGGCUCAGAUGAGGAUGGAGGUAAUGAAAGAGUAAAGGAAAAGAAAGCACGAGAGGCAAAGGCAGAAAUUAGAGAGAAGGCUGAAGCUAAAUCAGCUGGCAAGCAAGGGGCUUCUUUGAAGGCUCCUCAUAUGUCCGGCAAAGAACUUGCACAAUCAGGGCUGAAAGAUAAGGAUGCAGAGAGGGGGCUAGAUGAGGCAGGGGCAGUCGGAGAGCCACAUCAGAUCUCAUCCCCAAACUUGCCUUUCUCCGUUUCCAAAUACGAUGUGAUUGGCUUGUUGGAGAAAGGGCAUGUGCUUAGUAAAGUUCAAGCCAGAACAGCUUUUGCCAUGUACUUGAUACGGGUUCAGCAGAGGUUACUGUCAGACUGUGGCACUGUCCUCCAGCAGGGUGAUAUAGAUGCACUGAAUGAACAGAUGGACCUAGUGUUGAGGUUCCUGAAACGAGCAGCUGCCAAUUUGCAUCAGAUUUUUCGUGUUGUUGUUCCAAGCAAAAGGCUUCCCCUGGGUGACAGAAGGAGAAUUCUAGCCAGACAGUUGGGAGAUUUUGUUCAGUUAUAUAAUAAGGAAACAGAUACAAUGAAGGCAAUCAAGGUCAGGGGGAAGCUGGAGAACAGGCGGCCCAAACUUUCAGACAGCUGUGAAGGCUUAGAUGAAAUACAGUUUGAUCAGUUUGUCUACACUGCUUCGGAAGGUGAGCUGGAGGAGGUUCUGACAACCUACACAAAAAUCAACAAGUCUGCCGCCAUUUUCCUGGGAGGUGACUCAAAGUCUAGCGUGUUGGAAGCCAAGAAGGACAGCCUUAUUCGCCGUAGAGAAUACAUGGACAGCACUGAGAAUGCUGUCUCUGUAGGCAGUAUAGAUGGCGUGAACAGAGUUAGACAUGACUCAAUGGGUCCCAGUUUAUCUGGCAUAAAUAAUAACAAUAAUAAAGCUUUAAACAGUGAUGUCUCCAAAAUAUCCGUCCGUCCAGGCUCUGCCCAACUCCACACUCCGUCCUCACAUUCCUACUCAACAGCUGUUGCAAUCUACACUCAGAAGUUGAGAAGGCCACAGUCUGCCUCAAACAGUGCCGGCGCCUCUCUGGCAGCUCAUACUACAGACAACCGUCCAGCAUCAUCGUCAGGAAAUUUUCCACUAGUUUUGGCACAGAAUCCAGUAUUUACUACAUUGGAUCCUAUUGUUGAUACCUACAAUGAAAAAGCCAUCCAAGAUGCCUUGCAGCGUUUGGCCCUGCGGCAACAAGCUCGCCAAUACUCGGUGGUAAAUGGUACCAGUGUUCUCAGACCAGAGACUGUCACGUCAAGGCCUCCCUCAGGCACAGGAUCCACAGCUUCAGCAGACAAGGAUUCAAAGAUUUCCAUGGCUGGCCACUCUGUUGACCAGGUCUGUGUGAUGGCUGAUGAGCAUUUAGCACAUUCAUUAACAAGAAAUACCUCCAAUGGCACCAUUAACCUUGCCUGGAAGCCUCCUCACCCAUUGGUGAAAACACACAAGCAGUCUCGCCCACAGUCGACUCUGAUGGCUACGUCUGCUAGUAAUUUUGUGGAAGAUCCAAGCUUGCGGCAGCAGAAUGGGGUUGCUAAUGCACACAGUGAAGUGACUAGGGUAAUCCCUCAGAACCACCACAUCACAUCAUUCAGCAACAGACAGUUUCAAAUUGCACAGCAGGCAGCAGUCAAACAGCGACUAAUGCAUCAGAGCAAGGCCAUGCUGGAAGUAUCAAAAGCAAAACAUGAAGCUUCACUCUCUCAGGCUCAGGUGCAGCAGUCGUCAUCUUCCUUGGAGACACCAUCAAGUCUUCACAGUGAGGAUUUGAUCCAGGAUACAUUCAUCACAAUUCCUGACAAUCUUCACUCCUUGAAGACACUCGUGCCAAAACCUCCUGAGCAGGUGUCUUACACACAACACCGAAAUAACUUUCGCUCAAAUAGAAAACCAACAGUGGGUGAGAACAACCUAAACUUUCACUUCCAUUCCAACUUAUUGGCAGCAGGACAAGACACUCAGAGCUAG